CAAAAAGUGGAAGUGAAUCGACUCAAUGAAUCGGCCAUUCAUUGUAUUUUGUGUUACUGUAAUUUGGGGAAAUUUGUGUUGAAAAUCGGAAAUGAAAUGAUGAUUUGGAUAAAAAUCUCUUUCGUUAUUUAAUGAAUCAUAAUUAUCAAAGACCGUAACAAGAUGUUUCGCACAUUCGUCAUAAUAAUAGCUGCUACAACUCAUGUUUCGCUCGGGUUUUCUGAUGUAGGAAAAUGGGAUUUGCCGCUAAGUGGGAAAAGUUGCCGGUUUGAAUUAGCAAAAUCGUUGUUCAAGAAUUCAAAGUUGAUUGCAGUGUUACAUUGUGGUGUUGAUUCAGCUAAUGUUACUGUAAUAUAUAACUGGGCGCCGUCACUAUGCUCAGCAGAUUAUUUCCACUAUUUUGAACAGCAAAUUGUAGAAUGUUCACCAAGAGUGGAAGCGUCGGUGCUCGAUAUUGUCAAUACAAGUAUAAUAAAUGACGCAAUAAGUGUGAAAAGAACGUACACUUGUCAUGACAAGAACUCUAUAAUAUUACAUGAUGAAAGAAAUCUUAAUGAUGCCAACAAAAAGACAGAGGAGACUAAUUUAGUCAGUAAAACACCUGCUAUUCUGACUGUGGACAAAGAGGGUGUAUACCAAUUAGUAAUGACAGUAUUAAGUACUCCCAAUUUCAAGGGGUCCAUGCAAGUGGAAAUGGUAGCUCCAUCAGGGUACCUCUCUGCGGCGAUGUAUCCCCUCUUAGUGUUUUUCGGAGUGAUGUGUGCCGUGUAUACGAUCCUCUGCGCGUGUUGGCUGACGGUUUGCGCGCUGCAAUGGCGCGAUCUAUUGCGAAUACAGUAUUGGAUCGGCGGCGUCGCCAUAUUGGGCAUGAUCGAAACCGCCACCUUCUACGGGGUUUACUCGUCGAUCAAUAGAACUGGAUACUUCAUAGUGGAAGCGUACAUGUUCGCCGAAUGGGUUUCUGUGGCCAAACGAGCGUUGGCGCGAAUGCUAGUCAUUAUUGUCUCUCUAGGAUUUGGGAUUGUCAAACCGCGGUUGGGGCCGGCCCUCCAACGCGUGGUAGGCACGGGGGUUCUAUGGGGCGUCCUGGCGGCCAUAUACGCGUGGCUGCGGCUACAUCACAAGGCAAACGACUCGAAUAGGGUGCUGCUGCUGUCCGAAGCGCCGCUCUCGUUGCUGGACAGCGCCAUCUGUUGGUGGGUGUUUGUAUCACUUGCACACACAAUGCGCACUCUGCAGUUGAGGAGAAACACAAUAAAGCUAUCACUGUACAGACACUUCACGAACACAUUAAUAUUCGCUGUGAUCUCAUCUGUGGUGUUCAUGUUAUACUCUAUCAAAUCAUACAGAGCUUCCGACUGUAUCAAAGAAUGGAAAGAGGUGUGGAUGGACGAAGCAUACUGGCACAUUCUGUUCGCGAGCGUUCUCACAGUGAUCAUGGUGCUAUGGAGGCCUACAAACAACAACCAGCGAUAUGCGUUCACGCCGUUACUGGACAAUGCCGAAGAUGACGACGAAGAGGAGGAACAAUUCGUGAACGACGCGUACGGCGUGAAAAUGCGAGGAUCUGGCACAAAUAAUAGUGAUAGCAACACUGAACCGAAAGAGUCUUCCCACCCAGAUCCCAGCAGCAACUCUCUCGACUCCGACCUUCGCUGGGUCGAAGAAAACAUACCCACGAGUACAUUACCACUGCUAGACUCUGACGAAGAAAUUAUCAACACAAAAUUCGAAGUGUCCAAAAUGCAAUAGUUACUUAAAUUUUACAACUUGAAGUACUGUAUAAAGUAAUUUACAUACCUAUGUGAAAUGUGAUUUUUGUGAUUUCAUUUAUACUAUUUUGUAAAAAGUUCUUAUUAUUGUUAAGUGCACCUUACAG